CCAAUCUCAAGCGAUGGAUCCUUCUGUGUAGACGCCUAUGUUACUAUUUGCUCUGACUACUUGAGAAAAUGCUGUGGAUAAAACUAGGCUGUCUCGAGGUCAAUCGAACCAAACGUUUCCUUUGGUUUGUUCGUCUGACUGAUAAAAAACGAAGUCCAGCGUACCGUGGUAGUAAGCCCGGGUCGUGAUAAAAGCGACGUACGUUUUUCGGCCUUGAAAGUUUCGUUGACUGGUGCUAGAUAGAUUGUGCGGAUCGACCUGCAUCCAAAUCUACGUGAAAAGCUUUUGGUAAAAUGGAUACAACCCCCAAAAUAACUCAGAAUAACAACGAUAAUGCUUUAAAUCCGACAAUUGAUAUUGACGGUUUAAUUUCGAAGUUGCUUGAGGUGCGGGAUACGAUGCCCGGCAAAGGUGUUCAGCUCGAAGAAGCAGAGGUAGAACGAUUGUGUCAUAUCACGCGCGAAACUUUCUUGGCAGAGAGUAUUCUACUCGAGGUAGAGGCUCCACUUCAGAUCUGUGGUGAUGUACAUGGUCAGUUUCACGAUCUUCUACAAAUUUUCAACGUCGGAGGGUAUCCGCCUGAGAAAAGCUACCUCUUUCUUGGUGACUAUGUUGAUCGAGGUAAACACAGUAUGGAGACGAUUGUGCUUCUCUUUUGCUACAAAGUUAAAUAUCCUCGUCAGGUCCAGCUACUGCGCGGUAAUCAUGAAGCUGCGUCUAUAUCGCGUCUAUACGGAUUUUAUGAUGAAUGCAAACGUCGUUACAGUGUGAAGUUAUGGAAGACGUUUACAGAAUGUUUCAAUUGUAUGCCUGUAGCUGCUAUUGUCGAUGAAAAGAUAUUCUGUUGUCACGGCGGCCUUUCGCCAGAGUUGCUUUCGAUGGAACAAAUUCGGAAGAUCCGUCGGCCUGUAGAUGUACCUGAUUCGGGCCUCCUAUGCGACCUCCUUUGGUCUGAUCCUGAUAAGGAUAUCAUCGGCUGGGCAGAUAACGAUCGCGGCGUUUCCGUCGUUUUCGGUAGUAACAUUAUCGAAGAUUUUCUCAAUAAACAGGAUAUGGAACUUAUAUGCAGGGGCCAUCAGGUUGUGGAGGAUGGAUAUGAGUUUUUCUGUAAAAGAAAGCUUAUCACCCUUUUUUCUGCCCCCAACUACUGCGGGUAUUUCGACAACGCCGCAGCCUUUAUGGUGGUAGACCAAAAUCUCUGCUGUCGGCUAAAAAUCCUGCGCGCUCGAAGAAAGAAGGCUAUUAAGAAGACUUGAUAAUUCAAGAGGCUUUUGCCUUUAGUGUAAAAGUGACGACCUGCCACAGCUGCUGCUUAUAUUACGACAAUCACUGUUCUUUCCUUUCUCUAAUUGUAGUCAACAUCCAAAGGGAGAAACUAACACAACAAAGAUUAUUACAGGCUAGCACUUUUGUUUGUUUUGUUUGUAGCAGGUUUGUUGCAUGAGAGAGGAGACACCUCUCCGUGUGCAUAUAUCCGGGGUCAUUCUGUA